GGGGGAGGCGGCGGCGGCCAUUUUGUCUAAGGGCAACACGUCCCUUUGCGAUAAUGCCCCGGCAAAUCCCGCGAGACUCCCAGAGGCCCGAGGCCGCGGGGACCGGCGUGCGGGCGGCAUGGGGAAGAUCGGGCUGCAGCUGAAGGCGACGCUGGAGAACAUCACCGGGUUGCGGCCCGUGGGCGAGGACUUCCGCUGGUACCUCAAGCUGAAAUGUGGGAACUGUGGUGAGGUUUCCGAAAAAUGGCAAUACCUGCGAUUAAUGGACAGUGCUCCUCUUAAGGGAGGCAGAGGAAGUGCCACAAUGGUGCAGAAAUGCAAGCUGUGCUCCCGAGAGAACUCCAUUGAUAUCUUAAGUCACACAAUCAAGCCUUACAAUGCUGAGGACAGUGAGAAGUUUAAAACAAUAGUGGAGUUUGAGUGCCGAGGUCUUGAACCAGUUGACUUUCAACCCCAGCAGCUGUUGGUCCCGAGCCAGUCGGCAGAGGGCAGACGAGUUGCUUCAUUCCCCAGAGCUCUUUGGCAGAGAUUAAUUGCUGGGUUUGCUGCUGAAGGUGCAGAGUCUGGCACAUCUUUCAGUGAAAUAAACUUACUGGAAAAGGAUUGGAAUGACUAUGAUGAAAAAUCAAAGGAAUCUGUUGGAAUUUAUGAAGUUACCCAUAAGUUUGUAAAAUGCUGAAACUGUAUUUCUAAUAAACCCUGGCAUGCUGGUCAAGGAUAGAGCUGCAACCUUUGGAGAAACAGUUCCCCUGGCAUCACUUCCACAUGCCUACGACCCAAGAAUCUGAGCUGUAGCUACUCUCCCAACAAUAACUAAUAAAGUCACAUUUUUCACAAAA